GUUUAAAACACGUUAUUUUGCUGUACGUAAUAUCAACUGAUAUUCCAGCACUAGAGAUAUUAUAUUUAUAACUUUUAAUGGUUUUUUGUAAGUUUUGAUUCAUUUUUCUUUUUAAAUUAAAUUUAAAAAAUUAUCGAACAGUGUCAGAUAAAUGACAGAUUGAAAAACGGAAAUGGCAUUUUGGAUUUUCGAUUGUUAUUGUUUUUGUGCGUAUCCAAUAUGAAUAGUGCGGGUUAUUUACUUAAUUGUUAAUUUAAUAUAAAAAAAAUGGUAGCGGUCUUUAAAAAUUUGUGCCAUGUACAAAGUAAUAUUGUGUUUUGCGUUAAAAGGGUAUGUACUAUUUAAUUCUCCUGAAUCAAUUGUAACUGAACGUUAAUUCAAAGAUGUUGAUUGAAUUUGUUUUUAAGGCGUACGUCUCUAUCUCGAAUAGUUGUUGCAAAACGUUUCAAAGCUGCGAGAGUGGUUUUAGAAAAAUGACCACAGACUUAGAUAUAUGUUCAAAUGUGGAGAAUUCGAUAGAAAGUUGUACUCUGGUCAACGGUAUGCAUCUUGUAUGUGAAUAUAGAAAUUCUUACACAACUACGUUAGGAUGCUUCGUUCCAACAGGCGCGAUGCAUGAAAUGCCCGAAGAACGUGGCAGCACACUGUUCUUGGAACAUUUACUUUUCAGGAGAACAAGAAACAGGAAUCAAGAUCAACUAGAAAAAGCGUUGGAAGAAAUUGGCGGAAGAGUCAGUGCUAUUGCUAUGAGGCAUAUGUUUCUUUUUUAUGGAACCGUACCAUCGUCCGAAGUAAAUAAGCUCGUACAAUUUUUCGCGGAUGUAAUAUUAAAUGGUACUAUAUGCAAUCAAGAUGUCGAAAGAGAAAAGAUCAUAAUUUUAGAGGAACUUUUUAAAAUGGAAUCGGACAAAGAACAAGUUACAAUGGAUUAUUUGCCUAGCAUCGCGUACCACGGUACCGCGCUUGGUAAUAGUAUAUAUCCAAAAACUGACGAAAUAAAACAAUUUCGUACAGAAAACUUAAUCGAAUUUCGAGAUCGUUUGUUCGAUACAUCUUUUCUAACACUGGUCUGCAGUGGACCCGUUUGUCUAAAUAAAUUAGAAGAAAUUGUUUCCAAGCAUUUUGCUUGCAAAACAGGAGAUAGUAACGAUUCGUUGCCAGAACAUUACGACAAAAUACAAUCUUGUACAGAACUGCUCGAGUAUAGAUUCUCAGGUGCGGAAUUACGAUUAAGAAAUGACGAUGAGGAAUUAGGGUAUGUAGCAGUAGGACUCGAAGGACCAAGUUACGAAGACACUGAAGCUCAUUUUGCACUUACUGUAGCUAAAGAAAUUGUAGGUUCCUGGAGUAAGAAAUGUAGUGGAGCAAAUCAUAAUGCACCGUAUAUCGCACACUGUGCAUUCAAUACAGAUUUGUGUUACAUGUAUAAAUCAUUCUUUCACGAGUGGGCACAGUCUACCAGUAUUUGGGGAUGUUAUUUCGUUUGUAAGAAAUUAAGUCUCGAGGACAUGAUUCAUGUAGUGCAACAAGAAUGGAUGAGAUUGUGCACAACGAUUACUCGAAAAGAAGUAUCACGUGCUAUAAAUCAAUGUAAGACAAAAGAAUUAAUGUUAUUGAGCGAUCCGCAAAGUCGUUUUCUUGAUAUUGUUAAGAAUGUCUUUAGGUACGGAUAUUAUGUACCGAUUCAGCAAAGAAUCAUAGAGUACGAGAAAAUAACAGCGGAUACAAUAAGAAAUGUUUCGCAGAGCUACAUUUAUGAUCAAAGUCCAGCGCUUAUAGCUCUCGGCCGUAUUGAAAAUUUGCCAGAUUAUUGUAACGUCAGAAGUGCAAUGUAUUUAUUACGAUAUUGAGAUUCAAUUGUAUGCUUAGUA